GGCGUUGCUUUUUACAGCUCUCACGUUGUCCCUGGAGGUGCUGAGUGGUUUAAGGGGUGCUGCCUGUGUCACCCAAGCCCAGCCUCAGGACAUCAUAGUCAACACCCAGGGGAUUUAAUUUUGCCUCUAAUUUGGCGCUCUCUUGUGCCCCAUUGCUCCCAGACACUGGGAUUUGGGGGUAAGGGGUGUUCGUCCCAUGGGUGGCAGCUCCUGACACUGCUUGGCACUGCCGGACUGUGGGCGACAGGUGUUUGGCUCCCAGCCUGUGCACCAACACCUGAUCAGGGCCAGAGGCUCGUGUACAGGCAAGGAAAAGCUCUGGGCUGUAACACCCUUGGGCACAGCCCUGCCUGUUGCACAAGUAGGCAAAGGGAAGGGAAGGGGUCAGAUACUGUUUCCUGGGUGGUUGUGCUCCGGGGAAGCCAGGAUCCAGCCCUGCCGCCCUUGUACCAAGUGAGGAUCCUGGUGAGCCUGUUACAUGUGCCAAGCCCAGCUCUCAGAGUUAAUAUUUGACUGUUUCCACUGGCCUUUGCCCUGACAAGGUGCAGGCUCCUGGCUGGGGGGGCAGCACUGCCGUCUCCAUGGAUCUGGUGGCUUUUUGGGAUGCCAACGCUUGGUAUCAAACCACAUCCCAUGGCUUUGCUUGGUGCCAGGAAUUACCCAGGGGUCAAGGGUCAGGGGUGUUCUAUACUUCUCUUGCUACACUUUGGGAUGGGACAGAGCCAGGGUCCACCUACAGCACAGGAAUGUCCCUGCACCCAUCAAACUGGGGGGAUCUGAUCCAGCCCCUCCUGGUGGGACUCCGGGGAACAGUGUCCCUGGAGGGGGAUACCUGGGAGCUGGUGUCUGCUGCUGGGGCUCUAAAAAUACCAAGGAUGAGAAGGAGGAGAAAGACAGUGAGGAGGAGGAAGGCUCUGUGCUAGACUAUCCUUAUCUCAGCUGCCACUGCAGGGUACCAGGAUGUGUCCCAUGGACCUUCACACCCCUGAGUGGGGGACAUUGGGAAAUCCCCCAGCUCUGCCUAACUCCCACCAGCCCAGAUUUUUCUUGCAGAUGGGGGUUUUCCCAAGUUUUAAGAAAAGCUCAUGCUAUCCAGCUGGAGAUGUGACCUGGGGCUGGGAUGAUCCAGGAGGAUUUGAGUGUGGGACUUUUCAAUCGGUGUGAGAGGUCAGGCAAUCCCAGGGAGCCGCCCAGGGCUGCUUUGGGUUGUCCUGUCAUGCCCUUCCUAGUGCUGCCUGAUGCCUCCUCAAGGGCUCCUGUGGCUUCUCCCUGCUGUAGGAAGGGGCACUGGAUCUGCUCAAGUCUCUUACUGGCUACACCAUGACCAUCCAGCUGCUCCAGACCACACGGAUUGGAGUGGCUGUGAACUCAGUGCGGAAACACUGCUCAGAUGAAGAGGUGGUGGCUUCAGCCAAAAUCCUCAUCAAAAACUGGAAGCGGCUUCUGGAGUCCACCACCACAAAAAAAGAGAAGGAUGCAGAUAAGAAGAAGGAGAAGGAGCUGGAUGUUUCCAGCUGCCCCAGUGAAGGGGUGAAGCACAGCAAGAAUACAGCUGAGAAGCACAGGGAGAAGCACAAGGAGAGGAAGCCCAGCAAGUGUGACUCUCAUGCCACCACCACCCAGGGCCACUCUGCUGAUUCCAGCCCGGAGAGAGAGUCCAGUGAUGGCAGGAGCCCCACUGCGUCUUCCAAGAAAUCACCUCUGGAUGGCAAGAAAGAGAGGAGAGCCUCUGCUGACUCCAGGUCCUCAACUGUCUCCUCCUCUUCCUCCACACAGAAGAGACUGUCAGGGGAGAGGAGAGCCUCUGUGGGCACCAGCCUCUCUCCAGCUCCCACCAGCUCCCAGAGAAACUCCAGUGACAGCAGGGAAGAAAGAGCCAACAGCAGCAAGGCCAAGCCUGAGGUGCCGCGAACGCCCAGCAGCCCCUCCUUCUCUGCCAGCCCCUGCUUCCUGGCCCCCUGCUACCUCACAGGGGACUCGGUGCGGGACAAGUGCAUUGAGAUGUUGACGGCUGCACUGCGCAUAGACGACGACUACAAGGAGUUCGGUGUUAACUGCGAGAAGAUGGCAUCGGAGAUUGAAGACCAUAUCUUCCAGGAGCUGAAGAGCACAGACAUGAAGUAUCGCAACCGGGUGCGGAGCAGGAUCAGCAACCUGAAGGACCCCAAGAACCCUGGGCUGCGCAGGAAUGUGCUGUGUGGAGCCAUCGAGCCCAGCCUCAUCGCCCGCAUGACUGCUGAGGAGAUGGCCAGUGAUGAGCUGAAGAAGCUGCGGAAUGCCAUGACCCAGGAGGCCAUCCGGGAGCACCAGAUGGCCAAGACAGGCGGCACCGUCACCGACCUCUUCCAGUGUGGCAAAUGCAAGAAGAAGAACUGCACAUACAACCAGGUACAGACGCGCAGCGCCGAUGAGCCCAUGACAACGUUUGUGCUGUGCAACGAGUGUGGGAACCGCUGGAAGUUCUGCUGAUGUGGCUGGCGAUUGGGCUGGAGGGAACAUGGUGCAAGACAAGAUGCUGUGACACCACAUUGGGCAGCUGCGUUGGGGAGGAGGGAUCAGGGCGACCCCAGUCCCUAAGCACAAGCUCUUUGUACCCUUGCACUGGGCUCCUUCAAACAUCCUGGGGACCUGGCCUCCGGCAAUGUCAAGUUCACUCAAGAAGGUCCCUGUGAAUUCAAUGGUUCUUCCCUGCAAAUUCCUGGCCUUUGAUUGGCGUGUGCUGGGAUCCCACUGGAAACAGACUCAUUCCUGGUUUGGGGGCAGGAGAGACAUUGUUCCGUGGACAUGGGGCUGUGCCUGGGAGCUGAGGGUGGCAGAGGGCCAGAUCAUAACCCAAACACCUUCUUCCUCACCUAAGUGCACACAGAGGGAGGGGAGAGACAUGGAGGGGACAGGGUGGGUGCAGCGUGUCCAGAUGCUGUUGGGAUGCCACUGUGCCCCUCUGCUCUGUGACAAAUGGACCAUCCAUCUUGGCUUGAAGGCACUAUGGCCCAGGAAAGAAGGAAUGAUGGCAGGGAGAGGAGCAAGGAAGAACCCUUCCAGCCAGAGUAAUAAAGGUGUGAACUAUCUCUGCA